CCCUGCUAAUCAAUCUUCUCUGUAUCAUUCCAUUUUUUUCCCCUUUUUUUGGUUCUUCUCUUCAAGUACCAUUCCGAUUUUAAUGACUAUGGCUGGCUGCCCCCCGAUGAGGAGAAGGCAGCUUAAAAAAAAAAAAAGAAAAAAAAAAAAAAGAAAAAGAAAAGACUGUGAUGGCCCGAAGGACUAACACCCCUUCACCUUUUUCCUUCUUUCUUUCCUGCUCAGGUUGGAUCUAUUUAUGACCUGAUGGGGAACUUCAAACAGGCAGUCAAAUGGUUCGAGAUCCUCAACACGCACGUUUCACAUGAUCCUGGCGUUUUAGCGCGCCUUGGUGCCAUCCAUGCGAAGCACGAUGACGAGGCAAAAGCUCUUCAUUAUUUUUCUGAAUCUCAUCGUGUCUACCCGGUGAACAUAGACGUGAUUUCCUGGCUAGGUGCAUACCAUGUGAAGAGUGAAGUUUACGAGAAGGCUAUGCCUUACUUCGACUUGGCCGCAAAGAUUCAGCCGCACGAGGUCAAGUGGCAGCUGAUGGUCGCCUCGUGUUACCGAAGAAUAGGCGCUUACCCAAUGGCACUAGCGAAGAUUGGAAAGGAAACCAUGGGGUUGUUGUCACUGCGGUGGUGUCGGCUUCUGCCGGAGGAAUUGUUGAGCUUCUCGAAAGAGUUAUGGCGCCGGAUUUGUAUGGAAUUCGUGGUGGAAUGGCCGCUGUUUUGUGAGAAAUGGAGGUUGAUUGUAGCUGGACUGCUAUUUCAAUAUAUACAUGGAAUCGGUGCCAAGGUCGCCCACUUUCUUCAUCGGCCGGGACCGAUUCUACACGACGUCGGGUUUGCGAUCCUGCCUGAAUUAGGUCGGGAUAAGGGCUACGUGAGUGAGGUUUUAUUCUCGACCAUCUUCGUCUCCUUUCUCCUUUGGAGCUUUCACCCCUUCGUGCUCUUCAACAAGCGCUUCUACACUGCGCUCUUGUGGCAAAGGGUCCUUACCAUCUUGGUGGUGGCCCAGAGUCUCCGGAUUGCGUCGUUCACGGUCACCCAACUCCCAGGGCCUAACUUCCAUUGCCGUGUAGGGUCGGAGAGAGCUGUCCUCCCUCCUCCUCAUGGCAUCGCUGAUGUGAUUGUGCUAGAUAUGCCCAAGGGGGCCAUGUUUGGAUGCGGCGACUUGAUCUUCUCGUCGCACAUGACCUUCGCUCUGGUGUUCAUCAUUAGUUAUACCAAGUAUGGGUCCAAGGUGUGGAUAAAGAGGUUGGGAUGGGCGAUGGUCGUGCUGCUGUCGCUGCUCAUCAUAGCGUCGAGGAAGCACUACAGCGUGGACGUGGUGAUUGCCUGGUACGUGGUGCCGUUGGUGUUCAUCGCGGUGGACAAGUACUCGAAGGAGGGGGAGAUGGACCGGUCGUCGGCGGCUCUACCGUCGUCGUUUUCGAGUGGGAGUUUAAGUGGUAGCAGUGGGGGGUUGGGAGGAGGAGGAGGAGGAGGAGGAGGAGGAGGAGGGGGAUCUCCUCUCCUGCUGCCAUUGACGUUGAUUCACAAGAACAAUUACAAAGAUUCUCGCGAGGAGGAGAGAGAUCACCUCCUUGGAGAUGACGUGGCCGACCUGGAUGGCCUGGAUCUUGAGAAAGGGGGAUGGGAAAUGGGGGGCGGGGGAGGGGGUGGUGUGGGGGGGGGGGGAUUGUGGGACAGCGGGGGGGGGGGUAGUAGCCACGUGGGCGGGCGGAAUGGCCACGGGGCUGCCAAGGAGCGCCGACAGCGCAUUCCCGUGAAUGGCAAGAUUUUGAUGACCGACGUAGCUGAGGAACAGACUGGAUUGCUCGGCGGCUCCAAGGAGAGAGGACUGGGAGUAGGUGGUGGGGUGGUCGGAGGAGGAGGAGGAGUAGGAGCAGGUGGAGGUGGUUCUGCUUUGAAUGGCUCUGCCUCACGUGGCCAGUUAUCGUCCAUCGACGAGAGCUUGCGAACGAGGCCCGAUGAGUAUGAUGAUGAUGAUGAUGGCGACGAUGAUGACAAUAUGGCGAUGGCGAUGAUGAUGGCGACGAUGAUGACGUGGGGAGGAGCAGUGGCUGGUGUGGGGCAAGCCAGUGGACCAGGUACAAAAACAGGACCUAUCGACAUGACCAUGAGCGGACCAGGCGGACGCCAUGCAGUCCGAGCACUGCCCCUGGAUGGAGAGUUAGCAUCUGAACUUGGGAGGCUUUCCGAGUUUCCGGCACCAUUUGGGCCAGAUCUUCAAGUUGACAUAGACUCGCCGUCAAGAGAUCUUCCAGUUCGGCCAGCUGGAAGACCAGUGAAGAUGGGAAAAAAGGACAGGCAUGAUGAAGAGGAAUGGGGGAACGAGGAGCUAGGUGAUGAUUUGUUACCUUUGUGACAAGUGGAGGCGGCAGAUGCGUCACGACUUUUCCACGU